CCUCUGUCUGAACGCCUUUCCCCACCUCACGUGACAGGCCUGUGAGUGUGGCUCCGGCAUGAGGACGAGGAGAAGCGGGGAGCCGGCCACACCAUGAUCCGCAGAGCGAGGCUCAGCUUCAAGCCGAACGUCAGGCCCAGCGGCCGUGCAGCGGGGCAGGGGAGUGCGGGCGGCGGACAGGAUGGAGGAGGCGCCCUCCCAGCUGAGCCUCUACCUGAUCCCGGAAAGGAUACCAGGGCAGAGGGUGGUACAGGGGCCCCUGUCACUGAGGAGCCCGUACUACCGCCACCCAAGGAGGAGAGCAAGGCAGAACCUGUUGAAUCAGCGGCUACAGUCAGCGAUGAGACUCCGCCAAGUAAGACGCCUUCCGCUCCACUCCAAAGGAGGAAGAGAAUUUCUACUUUGCCUAACCUGGCCAAACCAAGGGUUUCAAAUUCUGCCUCUGAUGUGGUUCUUAAAGUUUCACAAGCAGAUGUUCCUUCAAUGCCCCCCGUCACCCCCGCCCUAUGUAGGAGUGAGGGACCAGAGAAGGGCAAGGUGGUGAGCUCUCAGAAACCCCCGGUACCCCUGUCUCCUCCUCAAGGGCAACAUGUAAGUUUACCUGAAAAAAGGACACCGGUACCUCAGGUCCCUCAGUUUUCUCCAUACAAGAAAUCUGUCCUUAAGCCCCAGGACAUUAGUACUGCCAAACCUGUGGAGGGCCCCCAGAAGGAGGAGCCCAGCCCGCUGAAGGAGCGGCCGUCCCAGAAAUCCUGCACCAAUGAAGUCUAUGAAGUGGUGAAACCAGUGAGAAAGACCAUCACCAGCAAUCUGGAAAGGGAGAGGCUUAGACGAGCGCAGAAACUUCGCGAUUUGCUGAAAGCUGAAUUGCAUAAAGAGCGGAAAGCGUGGAGGGUGAAACAUCCCAUUAUCAACCCAUUGGAAGAGCUGGAAAAAUCCAAGAUGACGAUGAGAGAUUUUAUACACUUCAUUCCAAUGAGUAACCCAAUGAGCUCUUCACUCGAAGAAAGUCCAAGCCCCGAGAAGUCUUUCCCCGUGGAAUCUCCGGUUUCUGGAUUGGGAGGGAAAGACAGCGUAGAAGAUGAUCUUGAUGAGGACGAAGAAGCAGAUGAUAGCCAGAUGCUGGCACCUCGUGUGAAGGUGGCAGAGGAUGGCUCCAUUAUUCUUGAUGAGGAGAGUUUAACCGUUGAAGUUUCUAGAAAUAAAGCACCGAUUGUUGAAGGGAAUGAUCCCAUUUUUGAACGAGGUUCCACAACAACAUAUUCUUGUUUCCGGAAGACGAAUUACUCCAAGCCGUGGUCUAAUCAAGAAACUGAUAUGUUCUUCUUGGCCAUCAGUAUGGUGGGAACAGACUUUUCAAUGAUUGGACAACUUUUCCCUCAUAGGGAAAGAAUAGAGAUUAAGAACAAAUUUAAGAAGGAAGAACGAGUGAAUGGAUGGAGGAUAGACAAGGCUUUUAGGGAGAAGAGAGAUUUUGAUUUUGAAUUUUUUGCUGCGCUCCUCGAUAAGGCUCUUGAAGCAGGAAAGAAAAAGAAAACAAGAAGUCAACAGCCACGUAAGACGAAUGCUAAACCACGCAAGAAACAAAAAGGCAAAGCUGCCGCAGAGCAAAGCCUUUGUGAUGAGGAUUCGAUUAUAUCAGAAGAGGAAGGAGCGGACGCUAGAACAGCAGAGAAGGAGAACAACAGAUCUCUAGAUGUUGAUGAGUGCUCGGCGGUGGCUGAACCUGCCGCUGUCAAAAAUAAGAGGGCCAAGAGGAAAAAAGAUCACGCAAAGGAACCCGACGAGGAAAAUCAGGAGUCACAGGAUGACGACGUAACACAGAUGCCAAAAAAGAAGUCUAAAAGUAAGAUCACCGCACGGGACACGGACAACAGACCUGAGCUUCAGUCAGUAGAUGGUGAUGGAAAUCUUAAAGAGCCCCUUGCUGAAAAGAAGACCAGAGUGCAACAAAAUAAACCUAAUUACAAAGAAUCUGAAUUGGACGAUGAUGAAGAUGAUGCAGACUUGGACAUAACCGAAGAGUUUGAGCCUGAUGAUGUAGACCUGCCUUGUAAAGCCGGGGAAGCUGAUGUCUCCUCUCAGUCGGUGGCUGUUACAUGUGAAGAGGAAACCUCACUAGUACUCUUUACUGAAGAGAGCGACUGCCAGUCAGGACUCGAGGAUCUAUCUGGCCUGCUUCACAGUCUAAGUGAGGUCAAAGACGCUGCGUCACAACCCUCCGAUGUGUCUCUGGUUGGAGAAGCUGAGCCCAUGAUAGAUGUCCCCCAGGAAGAAACCAGCCUCCCUGCGUGUAAAACGGUUGACAGUCCAGAUGCUGGAAGUGGACAGGUUGAUGAACAGGAUUCAGAACAUAAGGAUAAGCAAAAAGUGCCUCAAGGACGCAGAGUGCGACCUGCUCCAAACUUAUCCAGAGCUUCUGUGAAGAAGGUGUCUGCUGAAGAGCAAAGUGAUACCAAACAGCAGACUGAGCGCAGUGAUGAUGUAGAGGUUGGGAAGAGUGAUGAGAAAAUAGUACAGGAAGGUGUCUUGAGUGUGGACCCACUGAUGGAAACAGAUAAAGCAGCGAAUUUGGGAGAAGAACCCAAUACACCACUGAAACCCUCAGUAUUAUUGAAAGGCCGAUUUCAGAGGCCAAGGCCAAAUCUCGGUCGAGCAGCAGCCAAGAGAGACAGGCUGACCUCACCAGAAGAGCCAAAGAACAUGCCUGAGGGAGAGGCCUGUGUGGAGAGCGCUUCAGAACCUGAUGACACCACCUCAAAUAUACCAGUUAAAGAGGCAGAACCAAAGCCUUUGCUUGCAAAAAGUAAUAUGGGAAGUUCCAUUACUGAAGAAGUUUCUAUGACUUUGGAAAAACAUGAUGAUGGAGGAUUUCAUGGGACAUCUGUAGAUUCUAACCCAACCAUGGCUGGUAAAGAGGAAAGUGCAUCUGAUGAUAAAAAGGAGACCUCAAAACCAAUUUUAACAAAGGGCAGAUUUCAGAAACCAAAGCCAAAUUUGAACAAAUCUGUAACCAGAUCGCCUGUGACUGCUCCACCGGAGCCUCCUGUGCAGAAGGAAGAGAAGAAACCUGGUGCGACAUCCACUGACCAUACUGAUCCCAAUAUGUCUGUGGAUGUGGCGGUGUUAUCAGAUGGAGAUGCAGAUAUGACAUCUACAGUAGAAGAUACAUUUGACAAAUCACUUGCCCAGAUUGGUAAAGAGGAAAGUUCAUCUGACGAUAAAAAGGAGACCUCAAAGCCAAUCUUAACAAAGGGCAGAUUUCAGAAACCAAAGCCAAAUUUAAACAAAUCUGUAACCAGAUCGGCUGUGACUGCUCCACCGGAGCCUCCUGUGCAGAAGGAAGAGAAGAAAACUGGUGCGACAUCCACUGACCAUACUGAUCCCAAUAUGUCUGUGGAUGUGGACGUAUCGGAGGGAGUUGCAGAGAUGAAAUCAUCUCCAGUAGAAGAUCCAUGUGACGCUGUUUCUGCUAAAUCCCUUGUCCAGGCUGGUAAAGAGGAAAGUGCAUCUGACGAUAAAAAGGAGACCUCAAAACCAAUUUUAACAAAGGGCAGAUUUCAGAAACCAAAGCCAAAUUUGAACAAAUCUGUAACCAGAUCACCUGUGACUGCUCCACCUGAGUCUUCUGUGCAGAAGGAAGAGAAGAAAACUGGUGCAACAUCCACUAACCAUACUGAUCCCAAUAUGUCUGUGGAUCUGGCAGUGUUAUCAGCUGGAGCUGCAGAGAUGAAAUCGUCUACAGCAGAAGAUCUAUGUGACACGGCUUCUGUUCCAUCACUUGCCCAGACUGGUAAAGAGGAAAGUGCAUCUGACGAUAAAACGGAGACAUUGAAACCAAUUUUAACAAAGGGCAGAUUUCAGAAACCAAAGCCAAAUUUGAACAAAUCUGUAACCAGAUCGGCUGUGACUGCUCCACCUGAGCCUCCUGUGCAGAAGGAAGAGAAGAAAACGGGUGCGACAUCCACUGACCAUACUGAUCCCAAUAUGUCUGUGGAUCUGGCAGUGUCAUCAGCUGGAGAUGUAGAGGUGAAAUCAUCUACAGCAGAAGAUCCAUGUGACACGGCUUCUGUUACGUCACUUGCCCAGACUGGUAAAGAGGAAAGUGCACCUGAUGAUACAAAGGAGACCUCAAAACCAAUCUUAACAAAGGGCAGAUUUCAGAAACCAAAGCCAAAUUUAAAGAAAUCUGUAACCAGAUCGGCUGUGACUGCUCCACCAGAGCCUCCUGUGCAGAAGGAAGAGAAGAAAACUGGUGCGACAUCCACUGACCAUACUGAUCCCAAUAUGUCUAUGGAUGUGGCGGUGUUAUCAGAUGGAGAUGCAGAGAUGAAAUCUACAGUAGAAGAUACAUGUGGCAAAGCUUUUGUUAAAUCAAUUGCCCUAUCAGAAGAAGCCAUAAGUGAUGCAAAACAAGGGGAAGCAGAAGCUUUAAAACCUGUCCGCACCAGAUUUCCAAAACCUAGUCCAAACCUUGUCCGAGCAGCUAUGAGAAAGGAGACCGCGGCUACGGAGCCUAAAACUCCAGAGAAGGGUCAAGGAACAACAAAGGUCAGUGAAAAGAAUCCAGAGCUGUUGAAAACUGAGGAUAUUCUUGAUCCGUCCAUUGCUGGACAUGGCGGUAAAGAAACUGAACACGGCACUGAAGAAAAGUCUGCAGCUAUCAAGCCAGCGCAGCUAAAGCGUGGCAGACUUAUUAGACCAGUCCCGAACUUUGUAAAACAGUCUCCAAAGACCUUGAGCUCAUCACAGAGCAAGACAAACGAAGAUGUAAAUGGCGGUGCUCCUGCGCUCAAGGAUAAAGAACAUGUGGUGGCCACGUCCUCGCCAGCUGGCAAAAGAAAAGACUCGGAUUGCAAUGUUGACGUCUCCCCCAAGAGACUUUGCCCCUCUGGCACACCCCAGAAGCCUUCAUGUUUGCCAGACUCUGAAGUGGACCAAGCUUCAUUGACCAGUGAACCACAGAGCAGCGGCCAGGCUAGCAUUGUGCAGGACACCGCUACUCCUCAACGCUCUAAAUUUGGUAGGUCUCUGAAGAAACUGUCCACGGCACCAGCUUCUGCUUCUCCCAAAUCCGAAAAUUCAUCGGACUGUCCCGAGAAAGAAAAAGCUGCACGCAAUGUUAAAUCAAGCACAACCAAAAUCUCAAAGCCAGUGCCCGGCAAAAGCAAAGGGAAGACCACGCUGGUGAAGAUCAGGGCUACACGGCAGGAAGAAGAUGACGAUGAAGAAGAUGCGGACCCGGGGUUUGAAGAAGAGAGUUAUGAUCUUGCACCUGAUAUGCAGAACCAGGCUCCAGUGUUCGUUCCCUUUAGUCUAAGGUCACCUAAGCCAGUUCCCGCUGAGAUUGAGGAGACCGUGGAAGAGCUUGAAAUACUGGUGGAUGCUGUGGAUUUGCCGAGUGCAAGCCUGGAUUUGGGAGAAACUCCUUUUCAGCAUGUUGUGGAUCCUCAAGCUCAACCAGAUAAGAAAGGACAGUACGAUGGAAGCGCUGAAGCAGCAAUGACCCUAAUAUCAAUGGGCAGUUCUGUCUACAAGACUAAUAUAAAAGAACUUUUGUCUCCUGAUCCUUGUAGAGAAAAUGAUAUCUCCAGUCCUGGAAGACGGAGCAGCCAAGAACCUCACACGGGUUUAAAACUGCUAUUGUCUCCAUCAAGGAAUUUUCCAUCAAGUCCUUCUCGUGAUGCAGGUGCUAUGGAGAGCAGCAUUACAGUAGAUACCAGAACGGUGGAAGAUUCUCACUCUGAUCCCAACCUGGAGAACAAAACCGAGACAAAUGUCACUAGAUCAGACUUUGGUUCAGCUGAGAAUUUACCGAAUCCAAUAAAUGACAACUUAACAUUUCCAGUUGAGCAGAUAAGUUACCCUGUUGCGCAGCAAGAUUUUAAUUCUCCAGAAGUCGGAGCAUCAGAUGGCCUACUAGAAGGACAUGACACUGGAGAGGAGGCCACAUUUAUUUUGACACUAGUGGAAAUUCCCAUGAAUGAUGACUAUGCCUAUUCAUGUGAUUCAAGCAUGGCAGAAAGUCUUCCUGCUCCUGUGUUGAUCAGUUCGGGCUCCUCUCAAGUUCUGACACAGGAUCUGAAUCCCAGUUUGGAGACUGUACACGGCUCAUCUGAGACAAUCGGCCAGGAAGACAAAGAUCCCAUGUUCAGAGAGUCUUCUGGAAAUAGAAGUGCUCAGUGCAUGGACGGAGAAGACCACCCUCCUCUGCAAGAGAAACCGCUUGACUCUGAGCAAGUUGUUGAUCUGGAAAUCAAAGCUACAGCUUGUGAAGUGGAUGGGGAUGGAAAAUCUGCACCUGAACUUUCAGUUCCUGAGCCCAAGCCUGAAGAACCAGCUGAAGCUACUCAAAUCAGUGCUACUCCUGUAACAGAGAGACCCCCUAACUGGCCAGUACCAAAACCCAGUGCUACUGUGCCUGUGGAGAUGCCUGGAACGUCGUCUGAGUCAUUAAACAGAAAUUUGCCUUUGGUUUAUGCAAAUUCAGUGACAACUUCUAAAACGACAUUAAAAAGACCUGGGAAAAAACCAUUGGGAUUUUUACCUUUGGUUUGCAAAGAAAAGCAGGCUAAGAAAGCCAACGUAGAAAACAAAAAAAAGAAAAAUCUACCAACGCCAAAAUAUAGAAAGAAGUCCCCUAAAGUUCACAGUCCACAGAAAGGAAGUCCAGAUGUGAAUGUAGAAAAUGACAGUGAAGUGCCUUCAUCAUCAUCAUCAUCAUCUGCAGAAAUGGAAAGUGCUGCUUCUCAGAAUGCCCUCCUCUCCAUAUCUCAAAUUACUGACAAUCAAGAUACGGAACUAGAGUCGCCAUACAAAUCACCUGAUGUUGCUACUGAGGAAGAAGCCGCAUCGGUUUCUGAAUAUUUUUUCAGUGAUAUUUUCAUGGAGGUUGAUGACUGAUGGGACCCGAGCCGUCGGCUUCACAUCUUUUGAGCUGGAUUUGUGUGGAACGGCCUUUUGUUUGUUUUUUUUACUGUGUAUAGCCGUCGUGUACAGUAACACCUUAGGAAAUAUAUUUAUUUAACGUUAAUUUAUUGGCUCAUUUUGAGCCGUCGGCUGCUACACGUUGCUGUGCAAUGCAUUACAGGAUGCCGGUUUCAGGUUCAGAUACUUGGACUGGCAUUGAUGUGAAUUGACGGGUAUUUUUUACACCAUACAGAUAUAUUGCAGGGGUUGGUUCUUCUUGCUGCAGUCAUGUUGUAGAAACAGUCAUCUACUCCAUUCACAUAACAUCCCAGUGCUUUAACAUGACACAGCUGGAAGACGCUCUGGAUUUAACCAGGCCGUCAUUGGCCAAUAACUAUGGUUGGCACCUUAUAUUAUCUACCAUGAUGGCACACAAGGUGCAAAUCGUUUUCCUCUUAAAUGGGUUGUUUUACAUAAAUGAAAUUCAGAACAGGCACGAAAGUUUGUAAAGAAAAAGAAAGCAUCAGUUGGCAUUCCAGCGCCACCACUGACCAGUAAUGACGACCUCCCGUCUAUUGUUACGUGAUCGCUGCAGCCAGUCACUAGUCUCAGAGGUGACAUGUACACGAAGGGCACGUGACUGCUGAGCCUCUGCGGUCAUGUAUUCGGAAAACAAAAGCACUUUUAUAUAGUAGGCGCACUGUGUUUCCGGUCUGGUCAAUUGGCAAAAUGAUUUGCUCAUCUGGAAAUUAAAGUUAAGCACUGAAAAUGGUGUGAACUUCCACUGUCUAUUUUUCUUUCUCAUUUUAGGGUCAUAUGUCAUCAGAAAAUAGGCUAUUAUUUAAAUUACAAUUUUAUGUUAAACAUUAAAAAAAACACUUUUGUUGAGUUUUUUACUAUUUCAGUGUCAAUAUCUAUAUACAAAACUGUAUACAAUCCUGCAAUUCUCCCAUCGGCCACUGGGCCUAAAAUAUGUUAAAGGGACACUGAC